CGCGUUUCAAAAGUAAACAAGCCCAAAUCACGAUACAAGAAAAACACCUUGCUCAGCGCCAAAAAAAAAACCCAACCACAACCUCUCAUCCCGCCAAAGUCCUACGCGCAAACAUACCUAUACUUCCACAGAGCAAUUUCCACGCAACAAUGGAAACCACUCAUCGCAAAAUCGAACUCCAAUCCCCCCUCGACCUACUCUACCUCUCCAAAAACGCGACAAAAACCGUCUCCGAAAAACUAGACCUCCACUUCCCACCCUCUGCAGCUCCCGCUUCUGCCUCUGACGACCCCCUUCGCACCCGUGUCCAAGAGUUGGUCGACGCAUAUAUCACGACAGUAUUUGAAAAUGCGCGGCCGAAUCUGAGUAUCAAUGGCCUGGAGGGCAAGGAAAUGGAGGAAGCUAGAGUUAUGGCUGAGGGUGAGGGUGAAGAAUUAGAACCCUACGAUACCAAACUCGCGCAAAAGUUACAGAAACUCUCUGCUCAAGUGGAGAAUCUUACACUACAACUCGCAAACUUGCGACGAACGGCUCCAGCACAGGCAGCUGCUGCUUAUGCGACAAAACUAGAAGAUGAGGAAAGAUUAUUCGAAGAUGCGAGAAAAAGAGCAGAGGAAGAGAGGAAUAGACAUUUGCAAGAGGAAGGUGUGAGGUUGGGUGUGGAGAACAUCAGGGAUUGGGAUGAGUGUGAGAGGAAUUGGGAGGUGGCGACGAAGAGGUUGGUGGAUGUCAAAGAGAGUAUUGGGGCUACGAGUGCGAGGUUGGUGCAGGCGAGGGAUGCGGCGGCGUAUUUGGAUCAGGUUGGCAAGUGAGAUGUGUUUUUGCUCGAGAACAACUGCUUUCCCUUGUGGGGGUCUCUCGACUUUCGUAUGUUGGAAUAUGGAGUUUCGGGCUUUUUGGGUGAUACCCCCUUGUUUUAUGAUGGUUCAACAGAGACUUCUUUUAUGGUCAGAGCAUUCUUGUCUUUUGGCAUGUACUUCAGCCUCUCUUCUCCUUGUGCUAGGGUAGACUCAGAUGCAUGAAUACUGCUCACCCACCAAAUCUCACCUCUCAGCAGACUUAUAAUACAGAUCACACGUUCGAU